UGGGCCCGCUGUGCGGUUCUGAGGCGUCUCUGAGGCUGUGGCUCCGGCUCUUCGCUGAGGCGCUCCGGGAUGCUCUGUCUCCUUUCUAAGGCAGUCUCCUACUUCUGGAGACGCGCAGAUGGUGAAGAUGAGAGAUGGGCAACCUCUGGUGAAAAAGCAUUGAAAAGGGUACAAGGAGUAGUGACAAGACUUUGCCAUGAUUAUGGGAUGAUAGAUGACACGAUAGUCUUCACAAAGGAUGUUGUUACAAAAAACAUGUUGCUGGCUGUUGGACAAGAAGUUAUUGCCACUGUAGAAGAGGAUAAAACAUCAGGUGGCCUGAAGGCUGUCAAGGUAGACACCAUCCAGAAUACACAAGAAGAUUCCAGUCCUACUUGUGAUGCCUCUGAACUAAAUAAGAAAACAUUAAUUGGCAGUAUUACCUCUCUCUCUGUGGAUGGUGGCUAUAUUAAUCAGAAUACAUACUUUGCAAUGGAAGAAGUCUGGGAAGAUUUCAAACCUUGUGAAGGUGACUGGGUGCAAGCAAAAUAUUAUGUUAACUUGACAACAUGGAAGACUGAAGCAGUUGCUGUAAGGCCUUUGAGGUAUAAGCAGGUAAACAAGGUUCGCAUUUCCAGCAUCUGUGGAAGAACUGGGACAAUAGAUGACAGUAUAUUUUUCACUUUGGAUUCACUGAGACUUCCUGAUGGUUACUUACCUCGUAGACAUGAUCUAGUGAACACAAUCGUGGUGGAGAGCAGUCAGUCCUGUUACGUUUGGAGAGCUCUCUGCUUGGUGCCAGUCAGCCAGGAUGGACAAUCUCACUCUAAUGAUGGUAAUGUGGAUGAGCCUUAUGAAGACAUAACGAGAGACAAAGGAGAGUUGAAAGUAUCAAAAAUGACUGACUUUGGAAUUCUGAAGCAGGGGGAAUCUAAAAGAAUGAUGGUUUGGAUUGAGAUUCAUGGACACAGUAAAGAGCUCUUGUUGCUUGGCUUUUCUGAUUUUACUGUUGGCCGCUAUAUUGAAGCCACUGUAACAAAUGAAGAAGAAUUACUUAUAGCACCUGUACAACCUUAUUCUCCAGGAAAGCCUAAAAAUAUCCCAGAUUCUCAGCUAAGAAAGACAACAGUGGCUGCCCCUAAACACAAAAGGUCUCUCUUCAGCACUGCUCUGCAUCUGAGGGAGUCCUCAGCUCCUCCCAAUUUAGUAUCAUCGGCAGACUUACUCAGUAUACCUUCAAAUCUGGCUUCCAAGUCAUCUGAGAGGAUGUUGAAGAAAACACUUCAGGGCCCUAAGAUGGAGCCCUGUGAAACCCCACUAGGGACAGGUCACCAGUCAGAUGUCACCCCCUUCACUGUAACCCUUUGUGCCCAGCCUGUGAACCAGUUGCUCACCUGUCACAUGAUAAAUAAGAGAAGGUGGUGUUCAAACUUUCUCCCACAUUUUACCAUACCAGAUGAGUUAAGAAAAUGUGUGGAACAGCAGUUAGACAUACUGACUUUUCAGCCCCUCCUAGCAGAGCGUCUUAAUCUAGAUAAUUAUAAAGCAAACUUUUCUACUCUUUUAUGGCUUGAAGACAUCCAAGCAGAAAUGGAUUUAAAAGAUUACUACAUGAGUGGGGUUACUUUAAAAAGGAAUGGGAACUUGUUAGUGCUGGAAGUGCCAGGAGUAGAAGAGGGCAGACCUCGCCUGAUUCCAGGUGAUAAGGUGAUCUUGAAAAGUCAGGUCUACUCAGAUCAUAUAAUAGAGUACAUUGCCUAUGUCGCUGAGAUAUGUGAGGAAGAUGUUACUCUUAAGGUUAAUGCUGACUUUGAACGUGCUUACAACUUGGAGCCCAUGGAUGUGGAAUUUGUUCAUUGCAGUAUUCCCAGCAGGCGAUGCCAGUUGGCCAUUCAGCAAGCUGUGUACCUGGGUGAAAAAGUGUUAUUUCCAGAAAGGCUUGUGUUGCAAUCACCACAAGCUAUCAAGACCCAGAAUACUACAGAGUAUUGUGCUGUUGAUGAUGGCCCUAAACAGCCUUCACAGCAGGAAAGUAAGGUCAAAAAAAAGCAGAACAAGCAGACAAAAGUUGGUGAAACUGUGGCACUUAAACAGAGAGAUGGGGAGUUUUUCAAUCCUAUGCUGAAUGUGCAACAGAAACUGGCAGUGAAAAGGAUACUGAGUGGUGAAUGUCGCCCAACACCUUAUCUUCUCUUUGGACCACCAGGAACUGGAAAAACAGUAACAGUAAUUGAAGCUAUUUUACAGAUACACUUUACUCUGCCAGACAGUCGGAUUUUGGUAUGUGCACCAUCAAACGCUGCAACAGAUUUGAUUUGCUUGCGGUUGCAUCAAAGCAAUCUCUUAAAACCAGGAACUAUGGUUCGAGUUAAUGCUGCCUUCAGGUCAGCAGAGCAAAUUGAUGACAUGGUGAAACCUUACUGCAAAGAUGGUGAUGAUAUUCAGAAGGCAUUGUGGUCCAGGAUUGUAAUUACAACAUGCAGCAGUGCAGGAUUGUUUUAUCAAACAGAUACACGGCUUGGACAUUUCACUCAUGUGAUUCUGGAUGAGGCAGGUCAAGCAAGUGAACCGGAGAGUCUUAUUCCUAUUGGAUUGAUUUCAGAAGCUGAUGGACAGAUAAUUCUCGUUGGAGAUCCGAAGCAGUUAGGGCCAGUAAUAAAAUCUAAACUUGCACAGUCUUUUGGAUUAAGUAUGUCCUUGCUAGAAAGACUGUCAUCAAGAGAGCUGUACCUGAGAGAUGAGGAUGCUUUUGGUGCCUGUGGAGCAUACAAUCCUUUGUUGAUCACUAAACUCACAAAGAACUACAGGUCACAUUCUGCAUUGCUUGCCUUACCAUCUAAAUUGUUUUAUCAUAAGGAGCUAGAAGUUUGUGCGGAUACCUCAGUAGUGACUUCUUUCUUGAAUUGGGAGAAAUUGCCCAGGAAGGGAUUUCCAUUAAUUUUUCAUGGAAUAAAGGGCAGUGAAACACGUGAAGGUCGCAGUCCUUCAUGGUUUAAUCCAGCUGAAGCAGUUCAAGUAAUGAUGUACUGCUGCCAGCUGGCUAGAAGUGAAUACUCCUCAGUACCAGUGACAGAUAUUGGAGUGAUUGCACCAUACCGUAAACAGGUGGAAAAAAUUAGAUUUCUUCUCAGAAGUAUUGAUUUGGAAGACAUAAAGGUUGGCACAGUAGAAGAGUUUCAAGGGCAGGAGUACAUGGUUAUCAUCUUAUCAACAGUGCGAUCUCAGAAAGUCGUAAUUGAUGAUGAGAAACACUCUUUGGGCUUUCUCUGUAACCCAAAGAGAUUUAAUGUAGCAAUUACUAGAGCAAAAGCUUUGCUGAUUGUCGUGGGAAAUCCUCACGUUCUUGUGAAAGAUCCCUGUUUUUGUGCACUGUUGGAAUACAGUUUAAGGAACAGAGUUUAUAUAGGUUGUGACCUGCCCGCAGAGAUGGAACGCCUGCAGAAGUAAGAGUCUGAUCUUCACUUUAACUUUGCUAGAUAUUGAUCAGUUUACAGUAUUUUUAGAGCUAGUGUCAUUUGAAAGAUUGAUCAAUACAGCAACCUGUGUUAUCAUAGUAGGAUUGGAUUUUGCA